ACCACAACGUCUUAAUACCCGUUCUCAGUCUCUUUAGCACCUAAGGGACAACAAACUUGUGUACAAUCAAAGUCUGUUCUGCCACCUACUAGCGCUUCAUGGGCUCAUUGUGCUCCAAGGCCGGUGUGCAUUCCGGGGGACAUCAGGUGUUGGGAAGCACUGUCGCCCAGUCAAAUGAUGGCACCACCGUGGCAUCGCCUUCGAAUCCUCGCGCCGCAGCUGCAGAGGCUGCUGAGAAAAGGUUGAAAACGGCACAUGCACGAGGUACUAAUGCCUCGAAUCCGAAUCGGGGACGACUUGCCGAACAGGUCGAGGCCGCGAAAGCGGUGAGAUCAGUACCUACGUCAAGAGAUGAAGAACGGCUAGUGUGGGAUUGAAUAAUACUUUGUGCGUGUGUAUCGCCUCACCGCCAGUAUAACAUGAUCGCCGAUCCCUCCCAUAAUUUUCAAUUUACCUCGGACCCGCUCAAUCAUGAAGUGAUCCCUCAAGGCCUCAUGGCGGACUACCGGUGAGACAGCAUGACUCGGAUGUUCGGACACGUUGUUUUCAUUGUAGAGCAUGCCUCCUCUUCUGUUCCCAUGAUCGAAGAAAGUGACGCCGUUUUGAUUUGUCUUGGUCCAUGUACUCCCUGAGAUGCAAAUGGGUAAAUGAUGAUUGUUGGAGGAUAUGA